ACGCGGCUGGCUAAGAGCAGCAUAAGACCAGCAUAAGACCGCGCAUCCAACCAAGUAAGCCUAACUUGGUGGUGUAAGGGGUGGCGCAGUCAGCUGGCCAACUGACCAACCGACUUACCUACUUUACAGCUCCUUACACGUUGUCUUGGGGGAGCUUUCGUGGGGUUUGUACCUAGUUUAAUGUACCAGCCUAUCUCCAACUUCCGUCUUUUCCCUUCGUCAACAUUGCCAACGUAGUCGAGAGAGUAUCCACUAUCACCGAUUACCUUGAGCCUCACUGGCAAUGUUCAUCAUGUCGCCGCCGAGUCUUCGGCUUGCGGCCCUUGGUGCGCUCUCCUUAUCAUGUCUUGUUGCCGGUCAAAAGAACUACACCCAGCUCGACUCGAUGCGGGCGCAGCUGGCUCUCUUCGGCGACCGACCGGCUGAUUGUCCUCCGUGUUUUAACUGUCUUCUCCCGGCCUACGAGUGCGGCCAGUACGCCGAAUGUAACGAAUACAACGGGAAAUGCGAAUGUCCGGCAGGAUUUGGAGGUGACGAUUGCCUUCAACCUACUUGCGGUUCGCUCGCCCGUGGCAAGGAUCGGCCGAUAAGAUCAGGCGAUACCUGCGAAUGCGACGAAGGCUGGACUGGAAUCAACUGCAAUGUCUGUACCCAAAAUAACGCCUGCGAUGCUCUUAUGGAAACUGGGGAUGGCGGUGUCUGUUACCAGAACGGCGAGGUCGUACAGGAGAAUCACCAGAUGUGCAGUGUUACGAACGAGAAGAUCCUUACUAUGCUCGAGGGCAAGAUACCUCAGGCCACCUUUACUUGCGAGAGGGAGUCGGGGGUAUGUGAUUUCCAAUUCUGGAUUGAUCGACUCGAAUCCUUCUAUUGUCACUUGGAGAACUGCGAGUCUACCGCAGAUUUCACCUCGGACCAGAACAGCAGUUACUACAAGUGUCCCGAUGUUAAGUGUGGUUGUAUUAAGGAUCGCAUGCUCUGCGGUGCCGAGGGUUCUAUCGACUUGACCGAAUUCCUCAAAGUUGAAGUCCAUGGCCCUGCUACUUUCAACUGCUUGCAAGAAAAUGGUGGUAUUAAUAACUGUAAAUUUAAAGAACCAGCCUUGGAUUGGAUGGUAGAGAACUUCUUCGGCGACAAGAGCAUCGAGUUGGAAUGUCGUUCUGGCGAGUGUCUCUACCACACGCAGGUUCCUGGAUACGAGCGCCCUAUCAAGAAGAUCAACACACCAUUGAUCGCGGGCGUGAUUGCGGGAUGCUCUUUGUUCCUUGUUGCCGUCGUCUUGCUCAUUUGGUACUUGUCUCGCCGACAGUACCGAUACGGACCUAUCCAACUUGACGAUUCCGAUGACGAAUCCACGAAGCUGAUGGUCGAUCACAAGCCGGCAACCCUAUACUUCGAAAAUGUCUCUUACGAGCUGAACGGGAAGACUAUCCUCAAAGAUAUAAAGGGAAUUGCACAUCCUGGGGAGAUCACGGCCAUUAUGGGUGCUUCAGGCGCCGGGAAGACUACGUUCUUGGAUAUACUAGCUCGCAAGAAUAAACGCGGCCGGACAUCAGGGGACUUCUACGUGAACGGAGAAAAGGUCACAGAUGCCGAGUACAAGAGUGUGGUGGGUUUCGUCGACCAGGAAGAUACUAUGCUUCCGACUCUGACUGUCCACGAAACGAUUCUUACUAGUGCCCUGCUUCGCCUUCCGCGUGGAAUGGGUCGUUCUGCUAAGGAGCAAAGGGUCUAUGAGGUUGAAAAACAGCUUGGUAUCUAUCACAUCCGUGAUUCCCUAAUUGGAUCCGAAGAGGGCAAGGGUAGAGGCAUUUCCGGUGGCGAAAAGAGACGUGUCAGCAUCGCUUGCGAACUUGUUACCAGCCCCUCGAUUCUCUUCCUUGACGAGCCGACCAGUGGUUUGGAUGCUUACAAUGCAUUCAAUGUCAUCGAGUGUCUCGUGACACUGGCGAAAACGUAUAACCGAACUGUUAUCUUCACUAUUCACCAGCCUCGCUCGAACAUCGUCGCCUUGUUUGAUCGGUUAAUUCUUCUUGCCCAGGGCAAGACCGUCUACUCUGGCCCCUUCUCUCAGUGCCAAGAAUAUUUCGACCAAAUUGGAUAUAGCUGCCCCCCCGGCUUUAACAUUGCAGAUUAUCUUGUUGACCUUACAAUGCAUGCCAGCUCUUCUGGUACCUUUGACGAUGGGUCUUUAGCGAACGACGUUGCGAGCGUUGGCCCUAGCAGCACAACAGCAGUCAAGUCUAUCUCAAGCAUCUCUAGAGGUACUAGCAUCGCUGAAGACAGCUCGAUCGAACCAUCCUCAAGCCGGCCUAAAGGUAAACGAAAGGAUUCCGUUAGAGCAAGGCAAGAGCGUGAGUUAUUCACAAGGAGGAAGAACACUGUCGAUACAGCCGCAUCAUCUGACGUGGAAGAGGAGAUUGGAUCGUAUAAGCUACAACGACAACCCGCCGGCACUGUUCCACAAAUUGUUGUCGAAGAUGUUCAUGAUCUUCCACCGUCUGCCGAAACUAACCUUGAUGGCCUUGUUAAUGCCUAUGCUGCGUCUGACAUCUCUAAGAGCAUAUCUGAAGAAAUCCAACAGGCUGUGAGCAGCGCUCAACAUGCCAACGGCCAGAAUGGCAAUGGAAGGGAUGGCACACAUUCAAAUGGAAGCGCAAUUGGUCGUGGUUAUGCUCGUGUCGGCUAUUUGACCCAAUUCAUCAUCCUCUCCCAAAGGACGUGGAGAAAUCUCUAUCGCAACCCGCUCCUCAUGCUAACUCAUUACGCCAUUGCGAUAGUACUUGCUGUUUUGUCCGGAUAUCUAUUCUAUGGCCUAACUGAUGAUAUCCCUGGAUUCCAAAACAGACUCGGCUUGUUCUUUUUCCUCUUAGCGUUAUUUGGUUUUAGCACCCUGACCAGCUUAAACGUCUUUGCAUCUGAAAGGCUUCUGUUUGUCCGCGAGAGAGCCAAUGGUUACUAUGCACCUAUCACGUAUUUCCUUGCGAAGGUCCUAUUCGACAUCAUACCUCUUCGGAUUAUUCCGCCAAUUCUGAUGGGAGCCAUUAUAUACCCCAUGACGGGACUCGUACCAGAUACGGCGCACUUUUUCAUAUUUAUGCUCGUUCUUGUACUAUUCAACUUAGCCGCCGCCUCGAUUUGCCUGUUCAUCGGCGUGGUUUGUAAAGACGGUAGCGUUGCGAACCUGAUCGGUAGCUUGGUUAUGCUCUUCUCAUUAUUGUUUGCCGGACUACUCCUAAACCAUGACGCAAUUCCUGACGCGGCAGUCUGGUUGCAAUCUCUGUCCAUCUUCCACUACGGCUUUGAAGCCCUCAUUGUUAAUGAGGUCCUCAAGUUGACCCUGGUGGAUAGAAAAUAUGGCCUCGACAUCACGGUCCCUGGUGCGGCAAUCCUGAGCUCGUUCGGGUUCAAUAAUGGAUCAAAGUGGAUGGACAUCGCCAACUUGGGCGUGUUUGCCGGCGUCUUUGUGGUAUUGGCAUACGUCGCGAUGCAUUUCUUGCUCGUGGAGAAGCGGUAGAGUAGAUGCCGCGAAGAAAAUUUCGGAAAUAUAUGUAAAAUUAUGUUGGUAUCUGUCAAGGCAUUGGCCAAAUUGGCAUCUGAUGCAUUGUCUCAAUAUUUCCUGCAUAGCUCGGCAAUGCUUGGGCUGGAUAGCUCAAGGGCAUAAGGGUCAUUUGGGGCGUUCAAGGUUUAGGCACAUACGA